AUGCCAACGUCAACGAUUUCGCAAGUCACUUUCGUCAACGUUGGGCCCUUGACGACAACAUGGACCGCGCCCUCAGCAUGCGCGACGAUUACGCAUCCUCCAUACCUGGCUCAAUCUUACCAAGCCGCGGCUGGCAUACCCUACUGGACAGAAGAUUGUGCAACCCUGUUAACGGGCGAUCCUUUCGACGAAUGCGUGCCAUCUGCUACAAAGAUGAACGAGGAGUGGGCCUCGCGAAGGGAUAACCCCCUGAUAGGCAACGCAUUCUACUAUCACUCCCCUGGGGCCAUUUGCCCUUCAAAUUGGACAACUGUGGGCGUUGCUGCCAGAGGCGAUGGGACAUCUUACAGCCUGGACGGCAUAUAUGCUGAUCCGACAUUCACUCUCAUAGAGUCUGACAGCACGACAACACGUUUCGUCACUCAAUCAGAGGCGAAGCCUGGCAUACAGCCAGCAGCCAACAUGUUUAUGUCCGCGAUCGAGCCUCACGAGACCGCUUCAUAG